GGAGGAAGCAUAGAGUCGAUAAACCCAAAGCUUAGAUGAACGUGGACUUCAGGAUUGACAAUGGUGUAGCUGCUGGGAUGAUGAUGGGGAUUCCUGUUGAGCUUGAGGUUACUACCACGGUUGAGAAUCAUAAUGAGAUGGGUGAAAGCUCUGGUCAAGCAAUGAUUGAGCAAGAUGAUGAUGAUGAUGACAACCAUAAUGAAAUGGGUGACAAUUCUGGUCAAGGUCAAGCAAUGCUUGAGCAAGAUGAGAAGGUGAAUCCUGAUUCUCUUCCUCUGGCAGUUGCAGAUAUGGCAGAUAAUCAAGGGGAUGAGCCUUAUGUUGGGCAGGAGUUCGAAUCUGAAGCUGCUGCUCAUGGGUUUUAUAAUGCGUAUGCUACAAAAGUAGGAUUCGUCAUCCGUGUUAGUAAACUGUCACGGUCAAGGCAUGAUGGAUCUCCCAUAGGGAGGCAACUUGUUUGUAACAAGGAAGGCUACAGGUUGCCUAGCAAGCGGGAUAAGGUUAUUAGACAAAGAGCGGAAACAAGAGUUGGAUGUAGAGCGAUGAUCUUGAUUAGAAAAGAAAACUCUGGUAAAUGGGUUAUCACUAAGUUUGUCAAGGAGCAUAAUCAUCCUUUGAUGCCUGGGAGAGUUCGAAGAGGUUGCAUUUAUGAUCAAUAUCCGAAUGAACACGACAAAAUCCAGGAAUUGAUGCAGCAGCUAGCUGCAGAGAAAAAGAGAGCGGCUACAUACAAAAGGCAUCUGGAGAUGCUAUUUGAACAGAUCGAACAGCACAACGAACGCCUUUCUAAGAGAAUCCAACACAUAGUAGACAAUGUGAGGAAUCUGGAACAGAGAGAUCAUCAACAGAACCACCAAGUAUAGUCUUUUGGUCUCUGGUUUUCCCUUGUUCAUUCUUCAGCAGUUUGAUUUAGGAGAUAGAUCUUCUCUUCUUUAUUCCCCAUCUUCUCUCUUUAAUAAAGAUUUAUCUUGUCGAAAACAAAAGAGCUUGCAAUUGCCUUAAAAGAAAGUUUUGUUUCUUCUUGCAA